CAGGUUAUUACUUUGGUUUCUGAUUCUUCCCACUCGAGAAGAACCUUCCCACACCUCAGAGCAACAUUCAACACUGCAAGUUCAACUAGACAACAUCUUUUCCAUUUUACUGGACCCAGAAAACUGUUCAAACAUGUGGAUUGUUGUACCUUUGGCAAUAUCGAUAAUCGCUACUGGGUCGGGAUAUUUUGAAACAGUGGACGCCCAGCAGUACUGGAACUAUCAGGAUUAUCCUGAGAGUCCCUCCUACAACACCUGGAGUGCUCCAACUGGGAAUGAAGAGCAUGGGUUGCUACAAAUGGUUUCCAGACUGUGUCCCAACUGCCUACAAUCGGGUGGAAUAGAUGAGGUCUCCGGCAUUCCAGGUUUAAGAAAUGCCAUUGAAUAUUCAUAUUUCAACACGAUAAAGCCAUCCAUGAAUGAAAUGUUUUACAAAUACGGAAUUGACAAAGGAGCCGCGUACAGAUACGCUGACAGUCUGUGUAAUAGGAAUUCACAAAUGAUAUCAUUCCUACCCGGCAAUGACGUGGUGAACAUGCUUUGCUCUGAUAUUCAUGAGACGGUGCAACAGGAAAAUUUGUAAUUCUACUAUAUUGGUGUUUGCUGUUUUUGGGUUUCGCAAAUUAUAAAUGAUUUGCUCAUAUAGAAUUUAAA